GGAGUCAGAGUGUCAGGAAGUCGCUGCGAGUGUGGCCCCGCUCACAAGGCCGUUUGAAAGCCCAUCGCCUGCCGUGUUGGGUCAGUAAACGGACGGGCAUCCCAUGAAAGUUCCAGGAGUUCCUCCGGGGAGGGCCUGGGGGAGGAGGUUGGAGAAACCUUGCCCACCACUGCCCUGUGCUGCUCUUCCAGGUCUGCAAAUGAAGAGCCCCGAAAAGAAGCGAAGGAAGUCAAAUACUCAGGGCCCUGCAUACUCACAUCUGACGGAGUUUGCGCCGCCCCCGACUCCUAUGGUGGAUCAUCUGGUUGCGUCCAACCCUUUUGAGGAUGACUUUGGAGCCCCAAAAGUGGGGGCUGCAGCGCCUCCUUUCCUGGGCAGCCCUGUGCCCUUUGGGGGCUUCCGAGUACAGGGGGGCAUGGCUGGCCAGGUACCCCCAGGCUAUGGCGCUGGGGGCGGAGGGGGUCCCCAGCCUCUCCGCAGGCAGCCCCCUCCUUUCCCUCCCAACCCUAUGGGCCCUGCUUUCAACAUGCCCCCCCAGGGCCCUGGCUACCCACCCCCAGGCAACAUGAACUUUCCCAGCCAACCCUUCAACCAACCUCUGGGUCAGAACUUCAGUCCUCCUAGUGGGCAGAUGAUGGCAGGCCCCGUGGGAGGAUUUGGCCCCAUGAUCUCCCCCACCAUGGGGCAGCCUCCCAGAGGGGAGCUGGGCCCUCCACUCCCCCAGCGCUUUGCCCAGCCAGGAGCACCUUUUGGCCCCUCUCCUCUCCAGAGACCUGGUCAGGGGCUCCCCAGCCUGCCACCUAACACAAGCCCCUUUCCCGGCCCAGACCCCGGCUUCCCUGGCCCUGGUGGUGAGGAUGGGGGAAAGCCCUUAAACCCACCUGCCCCCACCGCUUUUCCCCAGGAGCCCCACUCGGGCUCCCCGGCUGCUGCGGUGAAUGGGAAUCAACCCAGCUUCCCCCCAAACAGCAGUGGGCGGGGUGGGGGCACGCCGGAUGCCAACAGCCUGGCACCCCCUGGCAAAGCAGGAGGGGGCUCAGGGCCCCAGCCGCCCCCAGGCCUGGUGUAUCCCUGUGGUGCCUGUCGGAGCGAGGUGAAUGACGACCAGGACGCCAUCCUGUGUGAGGCCUCGUGCCAGAAGUGGUUCCACCGGGAGUGCACAGGCAUGACUGAGAGCGCCUACGGGCUGCUCACCACAGAGGCCUCUGCUGUCUGGGCCUGCGACCUCUGCCUCAAGACCAAGGAGAUUCAGUCCGUCUACAUCCGAGAGGGCAUGGGGCAGCUGGUGGCUGCCAACGACGGGUGACGCAGUGGUGGUGGCCCGGGGAAGUGCGCACGUCCCUCCCUGCCCUUGUGGGGUGCUUGUUUCCGGGUCUGGCUCUGGGUCCCUGUUUCCAGGGGCCUCCCAUUCCCAUGGGGGCAGAAAAGGAUCUGAGACGGGCAGGUCGAAGAGGGCCCGGAUCGCUGACUUUUCUGGCAAUUUGGCAGCUGAGAUCUACCGAGGUCCCGGAAAUCAAAGUCUUGCAGCUCAGAGCCAUCUAUCUCUUGGUGGCUGUCUCCGGAGGCCUAGGGCUGUGGCCGCCAGAGGAGAGCCCGGAGGGCUGGGGUGUCCCCUCCGAGGGUGUUGGAUGCCCGCUGACACUGUGCCUGUAUUGAAUGCUGUGGCGCCAGCCUGAGUUUUUGGCAUCAAAGUUUCUGGCCAGAAGAGCUGGGGUCUCUUCGUCCCCAUAGUAGUCCUCCCUGGGGGCUCUGUGAGAGGGCACUAGGGCAAACAUGGGACUCCACCACCCCCCCUUUCCACUUCCCCCUUUGCCUCCUUCGAGGUCAACUCCCCGCCGAGAACCAAAUAGCUCAUAGGAGCUGGAGAGUUCUUGGUGACUUGGGCUUCAAGACAGUAGGUAAGAGGUGCGACAGGACGGACCUCCCUCAUACCAAAGUCACUGCUCUGUCCCCAGCAGCCCCUCAUGCAGCUCAGCCCCUAAUGACCACGUGGUUUUGUUUUUUGUUCUUGGGAUUUUUUUUUUUUUUUUUGCCAAAAAAGUGGGAUAUGUGUUCUGACCAGCCAGGAUAGCUGAAGUCUGGACUGUCCCAGAAGUCUGGACCCUGGGGUCCCAGGCCCCCCCACCCUCACCCCCGUGCCCAUGUGUUGCACAUUAUCCCCUGCGUCUUUCUUCAGCUGUGGCGCCUUCUACCCUCACCUCCCUGGCCUGAUUGAAGGAAAGCUUGAAAAGGGGCAGAGCCCUCAUACCUCAUUUCCUAGCCCGAUCCUGGGACCCAAGGGAGGCCCUGCCAAGGCCUUGGGGUGGGUGGGGGAUUGGGCACGGCCGGAGCCCCACGGUCAUGGUCCUAAAAGGUCCAAGAACCUGGCUGUGCUCCUGGCCCUUGCUGGGCUUUUCAUGUCUUGGGCUCCGUCGUCCCGUCGUCCGGCAGUUCUUCCUCUCAGCCAAUGCCCAGUUGUGGGCUUAAUUUGCUUUUUCUUUUUUAAGGACUGGCUGCCAGAGAGGAGCCCAGGGGCUGAGCUGACAUCCCCAGCUGUUCAUCCCUACAGCUCUGCCCAUUCCAUUCUUCACUGGGGUGGGGGUAGGGCGGGCGGGAGUGUGGUCUCCAAGCACAAGGUGUGGUGGCAGAGGCCACCCCCUGUGUCCCCCUCCCUCCCAGGCUAGACAACGGAGGGAACCCAGUGAUCUGCCAGGGAGCCAGCAGCCUCAGGCUGGGAGAGCAGACCUGGGCCAUGAGAACAGACCACGGCCCCCUGCCGCCCAACUUUGUGUUUCUGUUUGCCCCUUUAUCUGUUGAUACUUUUGUGUUGUUUACCCCCCCUCCCCUUUUUGUAAAAAAACAACAGAGGAGGCCCUGGGGCUGCAGGGUGUCUUCGCUCUCUCCCUCCACUACUUCCUGAAAGAAAGUAGGGUGACAGAGAUGUGGGGGAGUGUUUUGUACGGUUGGAUUAAUAAAAUGACUUGAAAAUCCA